CAGCAGCAUCAUCAUCAGCAUCAUCAUCAGCAGCAGGAGGCCCCGGCAAUGUCUCCCCCGCGCGUCUGGCCACUGCUCGUGGCCCUCGCGAUUCUCCCCGCGCCACUCCCCGGGUCCCCCGCGGCUCCCUCGGGCCCCGCGUCCCCGUGGCCUCAUCCUCGCCGCACCUCCUGGCGGGGAGGGCCCAACGUGGCCGCGCGGCGCCACCGAGACCAGAGGCCCCCACGCGGCCACGGGCAGCACGGGCCAAGCGGCGGGGAGGACAUGCAGGCCCUAAACCGCGCCGGGGGGCCCGGUGGCGCCGUGGGGACUGGGGGGGCCGGGGGUGUAAGGAUGGACCCUUGGAAUCAUCAUCAUCAUCAGCAGCAACAUCAGCAGCAGCAGCAGCAUCAUCAGCAAAGACCUCCGAAGCUGCCCGGUGGAAUGGCCCAACAUUCUCGACAAGCGGCAUCUGCCGCGAAGGUGGCAUCGGCUGGCGCGGCUGCACCGGUCAUGAAGAGCCCCCCGGCAGGCAAAGCCGCGGAUCGCGAGCCGAGGGAGCCGGCGGCGGAGUGGCUGAGCGCGCAGCUGGGCAGCCUGGCGCGCUCCCUGCACGCGUGCGGCGGCGGCGGUGGCGGCGGCGGUGGUGGCAGCGGCAGCGGCGGCGCGGCGGAGCGCGGGGCGGAAGCGAUGCGGCUGCGAUUCCUCGGCAGCGGCAGAGAAGCCACUUGUAACGACGGCAGCCCCGCCGGGUAUUAUAUCCGCAAGUCGGAGGGCAGCAAGCGGUGGCUGAUAUUCCUUGAAGGAGGCUGGUAUUGCCACAGCAGGGAAAGCUGCGAUGCGCGAUUCGCGUCCCUCCAUCAUCUCAUGAGCUCGGCCGACUGGCCCCACACGCGCACAGGGAACGGCAUCCUGUCUCCGCGCCCCGAGGAGAACCCGCACUGGUGGAACGCAAACACCGUCUUCGUGCCGUACUGCUCGAGCGACGUGUGGAGCGGGAACGCGCCGCGCUCCAGUCGAGGUGGGUACGCGUUCCUAGGGGCGCGGAUCCUGCGGGAGGUGGUGGUGGAGCUGGUGAGGCACGGGAUGGGUCACGCGCGCACCAUCAUGCUGGCGGGCAGCAGCGCGGGGGGCACGGGAGUGCUGCUGCACCUGGACAGCAUGGCCGCCCAGCUCCGUGCCCUAGGGGUCCCUGCCCAGCUGAGGGGGCUCGCCGACUCGGGAUGGUUCGUGGAGCGCAGGGGGAGCGGAGCGGCCCCCGGCUGCGGAGGGGGGGUCCGGCCCGGGGCGGACUGCGGCCCGGGGGCCCCCGUUCACUCCAUGCAUCACGCCGUCCGGUUCUGGAACGGAUCGGUUCCGGAGCGGUGCCGCCUGCAUCUCCCCCCGGGGGAGGAGUGGAAAUGUUAUUUUGGCUUCAUCACCUUCCAGACGCUCGCCACCCCGGUGUUUGUGGCGCAAUGGCUCUUCGACGAGGCCCAGCUGACCGCUGACAACGUGCAGCUGCUGGGCCCGACUCGGGGCGGCGACCAGCUGCCCUACCUGCGCGAGCUGGGACAGGAGCUGCGCGCCACCCUCCACCCGCUGCCGGCAGUCUUCUCUCCCGCGUGCCUCGCUCACACGCUUAUCACGAGCAGUGGCUGGGCUGACGUCCAGGUGAAGGGGCUGACGCUGCCUCGCGCCCUGCAGUGCUGGGAGCAGAACCUCCAGCACGCAGCGUCCCGAAACGGCACCCAGCAGCAGCAGCAGCCUGCUGCGGAACGGUCACCGCCCGCCGUUGGCAGCGGCGUCGCUGGCGAGGGGGGCAGCAGCAGCAGCGGUGGCAGCAGCAGCACCAGCGCCUCGUCCUCCACCCCGGCGGAGCGGUGGGCGGCGGCGGCCCCGGCGGCCCCGGCGCCUUGCGCCUUCCGCGCUGUCGACAGCUGCCCGUGGCCGCACUGCAACCCGAGUUGCCCGGCACUGCGCGACGCGCUCACGGGCCAGGAGGUGAGCGCCAUCGCCUUCCUCACCCAGCUGGGCUUCGACGUGCGCAGCAUGGCCUCGCAGCUCGGCAUGGACCCCGACACGCUGCUCAACGUGCUCAGCGACGGCACAUAGGGGCGGGGGUGGGGGUGGGGUGGGGGGGAGUUGCGGGGAGGGGGGGCCGAGGGGCCGGGGGGAGGGGGCUGCGGCCGUCGACCAGCACGGAGACGCGGAGGGAGCCUUGCGGAGGACUCGGUGGGUUUGGAACGCGGCGUUGGGAGGACGCGAGCCGCUGGGUGGAGCGAAACGUCGGACAUCGUGUUGAGCAGCACAGAGCGGUACAACCAGAAAACCACAUCGGCGUGCGAAUCACCCCCCUGCCCCCCCCCCCCCUUUAUCCUGCUAUCUGAAAAAUCGUUCCAGACGUCUGUGUGUUCAUCACUCACGAAAAAUCACGGAUAACGGGACGAAUCGUGCGCCUCCAGAUAAUCCGACCCCCGGGUGGCAUCGUAAGAGGGACACGCACGUUGGGCACGUUGAACUUAUUUCGCGCCGCACGUCGUAGCCAACCGUGCUAAUCGGAGGUGCGGGAAAAAGGGUGACUAUAGCUGCUGGUUGACUCUCACGCUGCUGCUGGGUGCACUGCCCCACCCCCCCCUCCCCCGCGAGACCCACCAAAUUGAUAUUGAUAUUUACCAGAGGUAAGUAUAUUGAAUGUUGUUUUAUUAAUGUAGCGCCCAGUGGAGGCAGCUUGGAGUUCUAGGACCGCCCUCCUUGGGAUCCAUCGGAGUGCCGGGGAAGAAGCGGAAAGAGAAGCGUGGGUGAGUGAGUGGGUGAGUGAGUGGGUGGGUGAGUGGGUGGGUUGGUGAGUGCGUUGGUGAGUGGGUUGUUGGUGACCUGCAGUGUGGUGGUGGUGGUGGCGGUUGAGACGACACGGUCCGUGUCUACUAGAGACCGAGUCCUCGACACGGGCGGAGGAAUCAAGGAGCGUAGUUCGAAGGAACGGUAACCUUGGUAAUAGCUAGCAGUCGCCAUGGUUAUAGCAGUAACCAUGGUGGUAACCAUGGCGAUUCGAUUAAGUAACAGAAUCAAUAAACUGACAAUUCGCCACCUUACCGUGUCCGUCCCCUCCGCGUAAAAAAAUAUUUGACACAUCCCGUGAGCCACACGGCCUUCUGUGAGUGCAUCUCAUCAGCAGCAUUGGUUCAACGCGAGCAGAAAGCACCGGUUUCGACAUUCGGUGUCUCACCAGCAGAGCCGGGCUUGCUUGAACCAGUGCUGGUGAAUUGCCACGUGUUUAUUGACAACGACUCUCUCUCUCUUCUUGGUUCGAUGCAAAGCCAUCCAACGCACGAUGGUUAUUUGUCUUUUUAAAUCCUUUAUAUUAAGUUCGCUUGCUUGCUUAGGACCGUGCAAAUCUUUCGGUCGUUUUUUAAUCCACUUCCCGUGAUCCAAUCGAGCUGACAUUUUCCACACAGACUCGUUGUGCGUGACAAUUAAUGUUCGUGAACAUUUUUUAAAAUUUUUUUUACACUUUUUAGGACAAAAAUAUAAUAUUUAAUUACCAAUUGCUUAAUGGUGCAAUGCAAUCAUCUGACCCAUAGGUGGCAGCCAUCUCAAGCCAGAGGACGAGAGGACUCUAGCCGCCACGCAUAUAAAGGAUUAAUAGUGAAAAACUUUGUUUUUACGGGUUAUACUUUUUUUCUGCUCGGUGACAUGCUGGGCGAGAAGCGUGGACAACAAAUGGGGGUCUACAGACGCAGAGGUUCAUCACUGCUGAUGACUUGAGGUUCGCCAUGCAUCGAUAUAAUCAAUUUUUACGUAAACGAUAUGCGAACGAGUGCUGAUGUUGCAUUUAGGUGGAUGGAGCAGACGAGGUGGUACAAACGGGAAACCAACGCAAACGCGGUGGUGCAAAAAAAUCGAUUCUUGAAUGGAAUCGUGGCACCCCCCGGAUGGCUUUUCCCUCCCGAACGUUGUGGAUUUUGCUCCGACUUCCCGCAGCAUCGGCCCCGAUUGCUGCGUCGGCGCGGCCGCAAGCCGAACGGCCGCAUCUCGAACACGAAGGGCGACUCGGCCGCGAGGAGGUUUGGUUCUUGAACGUCGCUGGUCGGCGCGCCGCGAGACGCCUGUGUACGCCGCGCGACAAUUGAAUUCGUUUGGCCGUGUCGGGCGGUGCGGGGACUUGACGACACAAAUUCGGGGCCGGAUAGUUUACGUGGCCCGACCCAAAACCCCCCAACCCUGGACUCCACCGUUGGCUGUGAAGGCCCCUCUGCGGCGUUGGGCUCUACGCGGAGCCUCCGCCACGACCGUGAUGACGAUCGCUCUUGUCGACCGCGUCUGAACGAGACUUUGAUCGCUGUACAUUUCACGUGGUGUUGUAUAAUAAAUUCAUAAUGUACAUCCGUUCUCAAUCCACUGCUGAUUAUUGCAAUUCUCCCAAACUGUAACUUCACCACGCCAGUCAGCGGGCGGUUGGUGAAUGGGGUCGGGUCCAAGGACUCGCUUCGGAUGUCACUCGCCAUCGACGUCGGCUGCAGCCGGGAGUUGAACCCGGCUCGCUCGCCUGGGUUCAAGGUGCGGAGCGCUCACCAC